UACGACCAAAUGUCAUGCUGUGAUAGUAUCCAACAGUGAACAUGCUUUCAGGUUGAUAUGUUUAAUUUAUUUCCAUGUCUAGCAAAUUUCAAUUUAGCUUCAUCCACAUAAAAUAAAACCAAUGUUAGAAUUGAAAAGCAACAAUAUGGUCCAGCUCAAUCUCAUCAGUCAAUGCAGUUGAAAAUAGUUUGUCUUUACUGACAGGCCUUGUACAACUUGAAUAUGGUUGGGAUCAAACCCUCCCAAAAACAUUUGCAAAAUGACUAGCAACUCGGAUUAUUUGCUGUAUGGGCCAAGCUAGGCAAAUACUGCACCAUGGUUUGUUUUCCCUGUAGGCAAAUAUUUGUUAGUUUUCACAUUAAAAGUGAAAGCAAAUCUCAGAACACUUAAUUAUGUGAUGUUUUGAAAUUCGUGUACUGUUUUUGUGUUGUGAGAAGCAUUACGUUUCCAUUGCCGUGUAUAAGUUCGCAUACAAUCGAAAUGGAGGACCUCUCAGAGAUGCCAACUAGCAGCUGUAGUCUGGAUGAUCCUGACAUGCGGAUUCUUCUGCUGGGCAGACGGAGUUCUGGAAAAAGCUCAUCAGGAAACACUGUAUUGGGACAAAAACUGUUUAAAGUAGCAAAAUAUAAUCAAAAGCCCGAAGAACAUAUUUGUGAGGAAACAAUACAGAUUGGUGGAAGGCUGGUACAAGUGAUUGAUACACCUGAUCUAAUGGAUCCAAAUCUCUCGGAGGAGAAGUUUAAAAAUAAAAAGAAAGAACUUCUCUCUAUGUGUACAGAAGGUCUCAGUGCUGUCCUGCUGGUUGUACCUUUAAACAAAUCUCUGGAAAAUGAGGAAGAGAUUUUAGAUUUUAUUCUAUGUUUAUUGGCCCCUAGGGCUCAGAAUUACUUCAUGGUUCUCUUUACAUAUAGAGAUGAGCUUGACGACAAUGAGACAAUUGAUGAAUACCUACAAAACCAAGAUAAUGCAGAGCUGCAACAACUGGUUACAAAAUGUGGUGGAAAUUAUCACUGUUUCAACAAUAAGUCUAAAGUGGAUGACCAGGUCCCUGAAUUACUGAAUAAGAUUGAAAGAAUGGGGACAGAAAACAAUGGGAAGUUUGUCUUGCAACACAUAAAAAGAAACAACAGCAGGAACGACCCUCCUUGUUUUUCAAAACAGAGUUCGGCAGAUGAAGAUUCAUUUGAGCAUUUAAUUCCUGAGAAACAACAGCUCAGACUGGUGCUGCUGGGAAAAACUGGAGUUGGGAAAAGUGCAGCAGGAAACACAAUUCUUGGCAGAAAUGUGUUUGAAUCUUCCAGCAGCUCAAACUCUCAGACAAAACAGUGCAGUUUCAAAUCUGCUGUGAGGUGUAAUAAAGAGAUCACAGUGAUUGACACACCUGGACUUUAUGUCAAUGACCUCAGUAAAGAGGAGGUCUUAUCUGAAAUAGUCAAAUGUAUGAUUUACUCCUCUCCUGGACCGCAUGUUUUUCUUAUUGUGAUUACAGUGGGUCGAUUUACUGAGGAGGAGAAAAAAACAGUAGAGCAUCUGAAAACAGCCUUUGGUGAGGAUUUGGAGAAAUAUGCCAUGAUUCUCUUCCAACCCAGUCUCACGGCAUUUCGUGAUUUGUCAGAAAAACGACCGGUCCUGUCAGAUGCCGUGCUGUGCAUGCGCGGUUACACGCUCUGA